UGAAAAAUAUUACCUGCAGUAAUUUCAAGAUCAACCAUGUCGAUGACCACCGUAGCCACCACGAUUAUUUUAAUUCACAGUAUCAUUAUUGGCACAGUAAUUGGUUCGCCAAUAAAUAGCUACAAUAAUUCAAGCUUCACCUGUCCGUCGGACGACAACUGUGCCAUAAGUCAGUGCCUGUAUUUAAACCCCGAUAAUUGCCAUACUUUCUGGCAAUGCGAUGCCGGCAAAAAUGCACAUCUUAUCGACUGUAACCCGUAUUACCUGGAGUUUAAUGACUUUGUCAAAGUGUGCGACUGGGCCUCUGACCAGACCUGCCGGUCAGCACAACCCGUCACCACUACUACCACUGAGGCUCCGACCACUACUACUACUGAAGCCCCGACCACUACUACUACUGAAGCCCCGACCACUACUACUACUCCCGAUGAUGAGACCACUACGACAGUAGCGCCUGAUGAGACAACUUUGGCACAAAUUUAUGAUUUGAUGGGCUAA